GUCCCCUGUGCCACACUACGUGAUGUGAUCAACUAUUUAGUGGAAAAAACUGACCGAGUUCUGAUUCCUCUCAUCAUUGAAGAACAGUAUGAGAAAAACAUCUCUUUUAUUCGGUCUGAUAAUGAAAAUGGAGAAAGGAGCGUCCAGCAAGCCUCAUCAAACCUCAACCUACAAAGUGUACCCUCCAAACCACCAGCUCUUCCUCCGAGGGUACCAACCCCUGAACCAGCGGCAGCGGUGACCGCAGAAGAGAACUUUUACCUGAAUGACAAGUUGGAGACGGAAAAACAAGAGACAGAGCAUUCCUCGGCCGUUGUACUGCCACCAAAGGAGACAAAAGCUCCAAAGAAAGCGAUGAUGCCCCCGAUUCCUGUCCCACGCAAACUGUCCUCUGCAACACAGAACUUCUCUAGCUCCUCUACCUCAUCCACCACCUCCUCCUCCUCUUCCUCCUCCUCCUGCCAGGAUCUGAGGAAGAGGACCCUCACAGACCCUCUGAUACAAAUUCCUCUCGCAGCCAUAACAGAGCUGAAACUCAAGCUUGAACAAAAGGCGCAAAAUCAAGAGUGACCUCUCCUGGUGGAAACCUCACAAAGCAUCUGUGAAAAACAGCCCCGCCACCACCAGUGACCCGAACCAGUAAAGAGACACUCACCAGGCCGUCCCACCACGAUGAACCAGCACGUGAGAGCAGCUGUUUCCACACAAACAAACGACCUCUCUCCGGGCUCCGCUCUUCCUCGUCAGCUGGCUGUCGGCAGCAAAGCCUCUCUGAAGAUUAACACUUUAUUGAUUAACCCUUCUCGGACACUCAUUAGCAAAUCGAUCAGCUGUAAAGAGAGGUGUACAUGUCACAUUAUCUCGUGUUUCUCUUGUACAUUUUGCACAUUUACCACUGACAAUGGUGCAUUUUCUCCAUCAGACUUUCUGUAUCAGUGUUUUGUAUAUAUUUACCUUUGUUUUAGUGUAAUCAGCAGUUGAACUGUAUUGUAUAUAUUUUAACAAUUAAUAUUUUUCUAAUUUAUAUAACAUACUACUGCCUCUUUAUCAGUGAAGUGUGAAUGAAGAAAAAUUAAGAGUUGCUUAGGGUUACUGUGUCAAUUGUAUGUGAAUGUAUUUUGUUUUCAGUGCAGUAAAACUUGCUUUUGUCACAUUGGAUCAGAUACAUGCGAAUAAGCAACUUAUAGUAGGUGCCAUGCAGCAAAUUAAUCAGUGAUGAUAUGAUGUUCUGUACCCGGUCAUUUUCUGAAUUAAACUUUUU